UGACGCAGAUGUUUUUACAAUAGAUGCUUUAUGAAAUGACAAAAUACUUUCAGACUAAGUAGGCAGCAUCGUUUGCAUGAAGGGCGGCUUGCAAAGCGCCCACCGUCUCAUCCUUCCCUGCAGAAACCCGCUGCCCCUGGGCAUGCCCGGCUCCUCCCGAGAGGCCGCAAAUGCAGAGCUCCUCACACGCAAGGCCACGGUAGACUCUGAAAAUCCCGAACGAGGCCUGAUACAGGGCUCUGAAAACAUGAAAUCCCAGGCCAGCCUGCCAGGAGAGGCUGCUCUGCAGGCAGCACCCGCCGCUAUUUAUUGGGAGCGUUCAGGAGUCACCCUGAUAGCGACCAGAGCCCACAGAGCUCGCUGCCCAGGGCACAGCUCAUCCGCCCGCUCUGGCAAGUAGGGGCGAAGGGCAGGGCAGACCUCUGCUCCUCCUCACGCCCUGCCCCGCGGGGGCGGUGGGACUCGAGAGCAGCCCUCGGCAGGGACGCAGGGGUCCCGCAGCCCGUCACUUCAGUGGCACCGAGGCCCGGAGGCCGCCUUCGGACAAGCGCAACACAGGAGCCUGCGGCUUCGACCCCGCUUGCCCAGCUGCAGCGCCGCCAGAGGGGGCAGAGAGAAGGGGCAGGGGCCACAGUCGAGGGGGGUUCAGCAGAGGCGUUCGUCUUGGCGGAAAGGCUCUGCCACGAACGGCCUCUGCCGAAAGCUUUCGGGUCGAGUACAUGCGUCCCUCCAGCCGUCGCCCCCUACCACCCCGUCGCACCCAGCCAGCGCCCCGCCCCCGCGCUCCUCCCGCCACGGACCCUCUGCCGCGUCUCCAUUGGCCGACAGGUUAUGAUUGGGUGCGGGACGAACCAAUGGCGAGGCUGCCGCUGGGCGGAGCGAGCUGAUGGGCCACGCCGGGCGGUGGGUGCGAGGCGAUCGGGUGCUGCGGGUGCGCUGCUCUCAGCUCUCGCUCUCCCCUCGGCCCCAGCUUUUUGUCAGCCAUCUCUUCCUCCUCGGCUGCCCAUGGGCUCUCCGGCGGCCGCCCGGCGGCUGCUCUACCGCAGCACCCGCCUGCUCCGCGCGGCCUUCCAGCACCUCUACCAGCAGCAGCAGCGAGCCGAUGUCUUCUGCGACGCGCUCCUCCAAGCUGAAGGAGGGACGGUGGUGGCCCACUGCUGCAUCCUCUCUGUCUGCAGCCCCUUUUUCAGGGAGCAGCUGGGCCAGGAGCUGCCGCCUCGGGGUCACAGAGUGGUGCUGGAGCUGGGAGGGCUGAAGAUUGGGGUGCUGCGCAAGCUGGUGCACUUCCUCUACACUGCUGAGCUGGAGGCCACGCAGGACGAAGUGCAGGAGGUGCUUGCAGCUGCCCGCCUCCUCCGUGUCACCGAGCUCGAGUCACUGCAGCUCCAGGGGGGACGUCUGGUGAGGUUGGGGCCCCCGCGGCACCUCAACCGCUCCUGCCUGGGCCCCACACAGCACAGCUGCCCAGUGGAGGCGGAUGGCAGGGCUGAGCCCAGGGGGGACAGCAGCACCCCCAGGAGCACCAGCGUCUCCCCGCGGGGGCAGUCAUGCUUUCCAGGGACCGCACGCCCCAGCCCGGUGGGGCGGGUGAAGCUGCGGAAGGUGGAGAGCAAGGGCUGCUGGGAGGUGGUACGGGACCGGCAGCCACCAGCUGCUGUGGCAGUCGCCAGCGAAGGAGUGACAGAACCGGAGCGACACCCGGAUGCAGGAGCACUGGGGCAAGCGGGCAAGCACUCCUCACACCGGCGGAACCCCCAGGGAGUCUGGAAGAAGCAGGGCUGUGGGCAAGUGGUGCCCACAGGGGACCCCAAGGAAGAGGAGGUGGACGUGGGGACGGUGGAGCCGUGUCUGCCCCCUGGCACUGUCUGUGCUUGGCCCUGCCCCUCAUCUGAGUCGGAUGAGGAAGUAGAUAUCCUCACCUAGGGGAACUUGCUCUUUUCCCCCACUGCCCACGCUCAGGGCACUGCAGGAAGGGCUACUCUUACCCCAUGACAUAAAAAUAAAGCACUGGAGCUGU